CACCUUGAGAGGUUCUCUGAGGACAAGAGUUUUACAGAUCAUAAAAAAUGUCAGGCUAUUUUGGAAAGACUGUGACAAUCUUCUGUGUUGCUGUUGCCUUUAUUUGUGCAAUUAUGACUGUAACUGAAGCUACCUACAGAAAACCACCAUUUAAUGGAUCCAUUUUUGGAAAAAGAACUGGUUCCAACACUGAGUAUGACAGUGCCAGUAAAGCUCUCUCUGCAAUGUGUGAAAUAGCCAAUGAAGCAUGCCAAUCCUGGUUUCCCAUUACUCAAGAAAAAUAGAACUUUUCUAUAGCAUUCUGGACUGGACCAAGACAAUAAAUAUUAGUGUAGCUUUUGAUUACUUUGUUUAAAUAAUUAUAA